CAUUUUUUCGCGCAUUUUGCCGGUGGGUUCGAGCUGCUUGGAGCUAGCUGAUCCACAGCGCAGCUGCAGAAGUUCUCUAUUUCGAAAACAUACCAGCGCGAGCAGCGACUAUCCGCGCUCCGAGCCCUGCUAGCUACAGAUAGCCAGGCCUCUGCCCGGCCACCACUCGCGCGGCGACCGCGAGACGCCAUCGAUGUGCGACUUCCUCGCGAGCGACGGCCUCCAGGCGCGAUUAGUACCGGGCCCGUCGCUAGAACGAGGCCACGCCCUCGCAAUCAAGGCGCAUCCCAAGGAGCCCAAAUUAAUCUACUGCUUCGGCAAGUAUGUAGUAGUAAGAAGUCUGAACGAUGCAGGAGACAACUUUGUGUAUCGCGGCCACAAGCAUACUGUAGGAGCCGCAGCCUUCGCGCCGAAUGGGUUUUGGGUCGCGUCGGGCGACGCAAAUGGUUUCUUACGGGUCUGGGCCUGGGACAACCCGGAGCACAUUCUGAAGGUCGAAGUCCAGGUCUUCGCGGGCGCCAUCAAAGACAUACAGUGGGACGGCGAGUCGAAGAGGAUCGUGGUCGUCGGCGCCGGCUCGAAUAUAAAAACGAAGUGCGUCAUGUGGGACACGGGCAAUGCGGUGGGAGAGAUGGUCGGCCACCAGAAGACCGUGUUGUCGGUCGCUUACAGACAACAGAGACCCUUCAGAAUUUUUACUGGAGGCGAGGAUUUCAAAUGCGUUUUUUACAAGGGCCCGCCCUUCAAGCUCGACCACUCCUGCACGGAGCACACGAAUUAUGUCAAUCAGGUCUGCUACUCGAGGGAUGGGUCGCAUAUCGCGUCCGUUGGGUCUGAUAAAAAGGUGGUGCUGUACGAGGGCAAAGAAGGGACGGUCGAGGAGACGUUGCCCGUGAAGCACCAGGGGAGCGUUUAUUGUGUUGCGUUUUCCGAGGAUGGCACGAAGUUAAUAACUGGUGGUGCGGACAAGGCCCUGAAAGUCUGGAAGGUCGGCCGCGGCGCGGACGCGCUCGAAAGUUCGACAGAGAUGGGUAAAGAUGUGGCCGACAUGCAGUUGGGGGUCUUCUGGGGCCACGGUCAAGCUUUAUCGGUGUCGCUGUCAGGUGAUGUGAACUACCUUGAUGUAUCAUCGAGCGGCAUCUCGACGUCGAAGACAGUCCAGGCUCCUUCCUCUCCAGUAUCUUGUGUGACCGUGGCCCACUCUGAAAUCGUGAUAGGGUGCAACGACGGCACGGUCUUCACUGCGUCUGGCGCAGAAUGGACCAAAAUACAGGGGACCGCGCCGCGCUCGAUCAAUCGAGCGGCGCACGGCGGGAAAGUGACAUCAGUGUGUGCCACUUCGGAUGGAUUCGCGACGUGCGGCUUUGAUGAUAAGGUGCGGUUUGUCGUGAAGGGUGCCUAUACUUCCACCGUUGUUGAUGUGGAGGGCCAGCCGCUUGGACUUGGUCAAGUCGGCACAAAUGUCGCGGUCGCGACGACGAAAGGUAUUGGUAUCAUCAGCAACGGCGCGGUGGCCAAAUUUGAAAGUACAAACUGGGACCCUACAACUCUAGCGACGCAUGACUCGUUGAUUGCCGUCGGUAGCAAAGACGGGAUCGUGCGCGUCUUCGACGCUUCGUUGAAAGAAGUGUUUUCAUCAGUGGCCCACCGGUCGCAGAUUACGGCGUUAUCCUGGUCUUUAGAUGGCUCCAAACUAGCCGCCGGCGACGCUGAAAGAGAAAUCAAGGUCUACGAUGCUUCCAACAAGUAUACGACAGUACUGGCCAACAAGUGGCGCCACCACAACGCCCGCGUGACCGCUCUCGCGUGGGGCCCCUCCGACAGGCUCGCGUCCACCUCAAACGACGAGACCAUUUAUGUGUGGGACUUUGGGAAGCCCGCGACAGCCGUCAAGGAGUACAAGUUCGCCCACAAGGACGGCGGGCUCGGGCUGGCGUGGAAGGGUGCUGAAUUGGUGUCGGCGGGCAUGGACGGCGUGGUCUGCGUCUGGGACGCUUGAGGGUAACGAUGUGUCUUAUGA